UUGACUACAAAAGGUGGUAGGGGGAGCAGUGCCAGACACACGGUUCAGAUUUUACGGCACAAUGAACAUGAUCCAUGCAUUCUGCAUUUUAUUUUUGUUCCUGCAGCUCUCCCUAACUGGGGCUUCUGAGAGUGGCAUAGUGGGGGGGAAAGUUGCGAAGCCUCAUUCCCGACCCUACAUGGCAUCUCUUCAGAUUCAGGAAACACACUCAUGUGGCGGGGUCCUUAUUCGAGAGGACUUUGUUCUGACUGCAGCACACUGCGAAGAUGAGCAGACCAUGACGGCGGUCCUUGGAGCACACAACAUCAAAAGGAAAGAGGAAAGUCAGCAAAGGAUAGAAGUGGCUAAGCGCCAUCCACAUCCAAAAUUCAAAAAGGACGGACACCAAUAUGAUAUCAUGUUACUCAAGUUAAAAAAGAAUGCCACACUGAAUAAUUAUGUCAAGAUCAUCGGACUACCAAAGAGUGAUGAGGACCUCCACGCAAGAGUUAAAUGUGAGGUUGCUGGCUGGGGCCGAACUGGACACACAAAGCCUAUCUCAAAUGUCCUGAAGGAGAAUACGGAGACCACACAAUUCAGCCAGGAGUGCGACCACAUAUGGAAAGAAUACUUUGUUUCUAGUAGAAUGAUAUGCACCAAAUUUGACAAAAAGAAGGGAGGGGUUUGUCAGGGGGAUUCCGGUGGACCGCUUAUCUGCAAAGGAGAGCUUCAGGGUCUUACGGCUUUCACCAGUCCAUGUAAUUGUAAUGAUCCAAUGUAUCCCCAUGUCUUCACUCAAGUGAAAUCCUUUCUCCCCUGGAUCAAGGAAGUGAUGAAGAAAUAAGAGAAUGUAGCAUGAGGCAAAGAUGCCAAGAAAAUGUUCCUUUUUUUAACUUACUUAAGAAAUUGAAUAGGAUAGUAAAACAACACAUUUGAGAAUGACUGGUCUUAUCUUAUUAAAAAUAAUAAUAAUAAUGAACUUAACAGGCAAAUAAUGUGUCCAAUAGAUUGAACCUGUUGUAGAUAUUCGUGUGACGUCAAGUGAUGAAGAAAUAGUUUUUUAUUCUUAGCUAAAAAUCUGUGACCAUGUCCAAAUGUAUUUUAUGUUUAUCUUUUUUUGUGUAGUUGAACAAAACAAACAGGAACUGAAAUUCAUGAAACCAGUUUAUGUAAAGGUUUGUGAAAACAAUUGUACAAAUAAAAUGUGAAAUUAAAAAAAUGUUGAUUUAA